AACCCGUGGGGUCCGGCAGGUCCGGCGGCUCCGGCCUGCUCCCUGACGGAGGUGAUGAGUGAACAGCUGGCCUCUCAGCUGGAUGAAGAGAACAACGUCUUGGUCACWGCAGACCCUGCGGUGGACCUCCUGCUGCCCGAGGACGUCCCUGACACCACCUCGGACCUGAUGCUGGCCCAGAUGCUGCAGAUGCAGUUUGACAGAGAGUUCGACGAUCAGCUGCGCCGGGAGGAGAAGAAGUUCAACGGAGACAGCAAAGUGUCCAUCUCCUUUGAGAACUACCGGAUGGUCCACCCCUACGAGGACAGCGACAGCUCCGAGGACGAGGUGGACUGGCAGGACACGAGAUGUGACCCGUACCGCGCCGAGAGACCUCAGACCACGCCCAGGAGGGGUUUCAGCGGGAAGGGGAAGAACAUCACCACCAAACAUGACGAGGACACCUGCGGACGCAAGAACACGGCCCGCAUGGAGAACUUCGCUCCGGAGGUCCAGGUGGGAGAUGGUCUGGGGAUGGACCUGAAGCUGUCCAACCAGGUGUUCAACUCCCUGAAGCAGCACUGCUACAGUGAGCAGCGACGCAGCGCCCGGCUGCACGAAAAGAAGGAGCACUCCACCGCCGAACAAGCUGUGGACCCUCGGACCCGUCUCAUGAUGUAUAAGAUGGUGAACGCCGGCGUUCUGGAGAACAUCAAUGGUUGCAUCAGCACCGGGAAAGAGUCGGUGGUUUUCCACGCUGACGGAGGGAGUCUGGAGGAGCAGCCCGUCCCAGACGAGGUGGUCCUGAAGGUCUUUAAGACCACCCUGAACGAGUUCAAGAACCGAGACCGCUACAUCAAAGACGACUACCGCUUCAAGGACCGCUUCAGCAAACUGAACCCCAGGAAGAUCAUCAGGCUGUGGGCCGAGAAGGAGAUGCACAACCUGGCCAGGAUGAAGAAAGCCGGGGUUCCUUGUCCCGARGUGGUCCUGCUAAAGAAACAUGUCCUGGUGAUGUCCUUCAUUGGGAAAGACCACGUCCCCGCUCCAAAACUGAAGGACGUCACACUGGGACCUGAGGACAUGAAGACCGCAUACCACCAGGUGUUACAGAUGAUGCAGCAGCUCUAUCAGGACUGUAAUCUGGUCCACGCUGACCUCAGUGAAUACAACAUGCUGUGGUUUGAAGGGAAGGUGUGGCUGAUUGAUGUCAGUCAGUCUGUGGAGCCGACUCAUCCUCACGGUCUGGAGUUCCUCUUCAGGGACUGCAGGAAUGUUUCCACGUUCUUCCAGAAGAGAGGCGUCAGCGAGGCUCUGAACGUCUACGACCUGUUCAACGCUGUGAGCGGACUGAACGUCCCUGUGGGCGCCGAGGACGAGGCCGAGUUCAUGUCUGAGAUCGUGGCGUUGGAGAAGAGGAACGAGGAUCACGUUCAGAAGAGAGGGAAGAAAACCUUCCCCGUGUCCUCCGAGGACUCUGGUCCUCCGUUAAAACCAGACGCCGAUGAUUAGCCCCGCCCACUCCACCACCGCGCUUAAAACACUCACUAGAGGAUAAGAAGCCCCGCCCACCUCCUCCUGGAGGAGGAGCACCUCCUUCUGGCUGCAGGAGGAGAAGUUUCACCAAACAGGAUCUGAGUCCUGCUGGGUCUGCCGGUCCUUUUUCUGCUGAGAUCAAUAAACCUGCAGCUUUAAAGUUAACCAGAUGUCCUGAUCCUGUUAACUUUAGCUGGUUUCAUCUGAAGGUUCAUCUGAAGGUUCAUCUGAAGGUUAAUCUGAAGGUUCAUAUCAGGAAGUGAACGUCAAACUGUUGGUUUCUGUCUUUGCUUUUUGUGUUUUCAGAGUUAAAGAAACGGGAAAUGAAUUAAAAUAUAAAAUAUUUAUUCAUGAGUGUUGAGGUCAGACGUCAGUUUAAAGUAAUAAAUCAGCAGAAACUUCCUGAAGCAACAUGUUUUUAUUUCUGAACAUCAUGAGAAUAAAAUCACGGAGAACA